AUGUCAGAUCUCUCUGCAGUGGAACACAAAGACAGUUUUCGAUCGUAUGUGGCAACAUUCAACAAUCAAAAUAGGCCUGAUCCCAUCAACGAUGAACCAGAUUUUCUUUUGCUUAAAGGUGAAUUAAUUUCUUCACAAUGUGGCGAUGUGCUAUUAGAUCCUCCAUUCAGAGAAAAUCUUUUUGGAAAACUUUACUGUACAAAUUUUCGAAUAUGCUUUGUUCCACUCAUUGAAAAGCGGCCCGAUCCAUGUUGCAGUCGAAACCUCGUUUUCGCUAAUGAUUUCCAACUUCCACUUUGUUCUCUUGAAACAAUUUUUUAUUCAUCACAUCCGAUAACAAAACGAACUUCAUCUUCAAUGAAAAGAUUUCGAUUAAUGACUUCACCUGCCUCACAGUUGGAUAUUGUUUCUUGCAUUAAGGUUUUUUCAAAGGAUUUUCGAAUUUGGACAUUUGAUCUUCAAAGGAGCCAAUUUGCCGUUAAUCUGGCGAACAAUAUUUAUCAUUUUUCUCACCCGGUGUCGUUAUCGAAUUUUUUUCAUUUUCCAGUUGAAAUUUCUUACCUGGAUCAUUCUUCUUCAAUCCGUUUUAACGAACGAAAGGACUGGAUAGAUGAAUUGCGUCGUUGUCAUGCUGAUGAAUCGUCAUGGCGUAUUUGUUUUCUUCAUUCAGAUCGCACCAGCCAAAAAUAUUUGGUUGAAACCUAUCCUUCAUGCGUUGUUGUCCCAUCAGAAGUUUUUGAUGUAGUAAUAAUUGAAUAUUUGAUACCGAAUUGGAGUAACGGCCGAUUUCCGAUUUGGUGUUGGUCUGCUACAAAUGGUUGUGCGCUUCUUCGAUCAUCUUGUUGCACUCAAGAUCUUAAUUCCUCUUAUCUUUGGGAGAGGAUUUUAACUCCCAUUUGUAAAAUGCAUCCUCGAAGUAGACGACCUCUGAUUAUUUCCAUUGAUAUAUCACCCUCUCAAAUUUCAAAUGCUUAUGAAAAGCUUCGUGAACUGUGCUCGAUCGAAUCUGUUGCUCAAUUUCUUCAACGAGAUAAAGAUUGGUAUUCAUUAUUAGCUGAAACGGGUUGGUGCAAAUUGAUAUUUGAUUGUUUGUCAGUAACUUGUAGUGUUCUUCAUAAGAUAACUGAGAAUCAACGAUCUGUGAUUAUUGCAGAUGAAGAUGGCUUCAAUGGAUCUGUCAUUGUUUCUUCUUUGGUACAGAUAUGCGGUGAUCGGUAUUACCGAACUAUUGCUGGUUUGAAUUCGCUCAUUGAGAAAGAAUGGAUUGCUUUGGGCCACCCUUUCGGCAAAAAUAUUUUUAACUGUGGAUUUGUUUAUAAUAAAACAUUGCGUCAAACUACACCAACAUUUCUUGUCUUCCUCGAUGCUCUUUGGCAGCUGUUACGAAUAUUUCCUCUUUAUUUCGAAUAUUCGCAGUACAUGUUGAUAGCAUUGUGGGAUCUCUCAAUUACUGGCCUUUCUUCUGGGUUAACCUAUAAUUCCGUCAGCGAAAGGUUGGCUUCAAACAAAGUUGCUCCAACCUUUCCACUUUCUCAGUAUUACUCUUCAAAGUAUUGUGCAAUGUUUACAAAUACCGCUUAUUCGCUUAAUCUUCUUUUUGCUCUAGACCCAUUAUCACGAGAGUUUCUUUGUGCUUGUGCUAGCCCUUUUGACAUUGAAUUUUGGACAGAUUGCUAUUUACGAUGGGUUCCACCUGCCAAUGUUAAAGAUGGUGGAAAACUGACUCAAGAUAUUGCAUUAUGUUCAGUAAUUUCAAUGGCUGCAUCUGCUGCUUCCCCCACAUAUGAUUCUGUCCUUUCACGUCAUCAGUUUCAUCCAGCUUUUGAUUCUUCUAAUAUAAAUUCUGCGUUUCCAUAUAUUGAUACAUUAUCUCUCGCUCCAAUCUUUAAUGAUAUGGAUAUAAUAACGGAAAAUUCAUCAGUUAAAUCAAUGCGUUUGCAUUUUGAAAAUGUUUUGCCGUCUUCUUCUAAAUUGUUAUAUGAACGGCGUCUUUCCGGUUCGUUUUUUUUACCACAUCUCAACAAUGAAGUUGAAGAAUCGGGUAUCCCACGUUUUAUCGCUUCAUCCGAUAAACAUUCUACAAAGAAACGAAAUAUGUCGGCGGUUGGGACUCUUGUUUAA